AUGGGUCGUCGCCGCCACGGGGGGCGUGCGAUCGGCCCGAGGUUAUCUAGAGUCACCAAAGCCGCCGGCGCCCGCCCCCCGGCCGGGGCCGGAGGGAGGCUGACCGGCGGCGCGGCCCGCAACCUCGGCGGCCCGGGAGCGGGGCCACGGGCACCGGCAGGUCGCUCCGGAGGCCGGCCGGCGCGUGCCCGCUCGCCCGCGCUCACACGGACGGGGGGCGGCGGCGGGGGCUCGGGCCGAGGCCCGGCCACCCCUCACCUCCCCGCCCGCCCGACGGGAGCGGGGCGUCGCGGGCACGGCGGCCGGUCCGCGACGGCCGGCCGGGGUCCCGACGACCCGCGCUCGGGCGAGCGCGCCGGGGCGGGGCGCGGCGCGGCGCGGCAGGGGGACGGACGGCGGUCCCCCCAACCUCGCCCAACACGCAACGACGCCGGCGGACGGGCGGCGGCGGCGGACCACGGAGCGGUGCCGCGGCAGGCCCGGGAAGCGAAACACACCGGGACGCGGCCCGGGGGUCGGCAGACGCGACGGACGGGAGACAGGGCCGACGAGGCGCGGCUGGCUCGGCCGCCGCCGCGGAGGCGCGGCGACGACCUCGCGGAAGACGUGGCGGGCGGGGGCGGACGCGCGCCGACGCGAGGGAGGCCCGGGGGCCAUCUUAAGGGCACGGACGCGAGUCGGCCGCCGGGGCACGACACGGGGUCUCACCGCCAGAGGCCUCCAGCGCAGGGGCGGUCCCGCGGCACCCAGGACGCCGACUGGCCUCCUCGGCCCCCCAACCAGGGUGCCCCCCCUCGCGGGGCUCGCGCCCACCACCGCCAAACACCCACGAGCCGCGGCCAGCCCCGCGACAACAACACUCUCCCGCGCGCACACCGGCCGCCCCACGUGCCCCGCCACACGCCUCCGCCGCCGCGCCCGACUCCCCCGCCUCAGGGACCGCCCCGGCCCAACACGAUCGCACCCACGCCCGUGUGCGACUCCCCACACACACGCAAGUGGGGGCGGCGGCACACGCGGCGUCGGCCCGGCCACGAAGUCAGUCCCCCCCACGGCACACCGUGGGAGGACGAUGGCGACGAGGUGGCAGGCCCCCGUCCCCCACCGAGGGAGAGAAACAGAGGCAAGACCCCGCGCCCUUUACCGUCUCGACCCCCCCGAGAGAGCCACUCACGGGACACACCACCGCGGCGGAGACCCCGAGGAGCACGCUGGGAAAAGGGAACGACACCACCGCUCGGCCUCGCGCACCUGAGGGACGACCUGGAGCGCUCCAGGGGCACCACAGAGGACCGAGCAAGUCACGCUCACGCGCCGGCAGCGGGCGCGCGGCGCAGCGGCGGGACGGCCCCCACCGACGCGGGGAGGACCGCCCGCGAGGCACACGCCAAGGAGGCGAAGCGAGAGCGUCUGCUGCGUCCGAGGACCACGGCCCCGCCCACGCCGAGAGCGCGACAUCACCACAUCGAUCAGUCAAUCCAGAGAGCCGGGGGCCACGAGGGCCCCGAGGGAGGAGGGGCACGGCGGCACGGCGAGGACCCUCACCGGAGGAGCCUGCUUCAGCCUCAGCCGGCACCCAGCCCCCCCCUUCUCUCUCUCUUGCCUUCUCGGGCAACAGUGGCCGACGACCCCGCGAGGAGAACGCCUGACACGUGGCACGGAGCCUGCGGGUUGGGGUCGUCUCAGCCACCACCGGGUGCCUGCGGCGGGGAAGGGGAGUCACACGGGGUAGAAGACCCACGCACCACCUCGCCCCGCCGCCCUCGGGUGAGCCAGAGACCGGAGGCGGCACCGCGGGUCGGGUCAGCCGGGCGCACACACGAGAGCCGGCGCGCAGGCCCAAGCGGGCGGCUCAAGUGGCAAGGGCCGGUUCGGGCGCCGGACGGCGGUCCAAAGCCCAGCGCCCUGCGCGCGUCCAGAGUCCCAGAACCCCCAGCGAGAGAUGCCAGAGGAGACCGUGUCAGCACCUAUCUGGUGGUAAAAAAGGCCCAUUUCAGGCGAAAAAAAUCACGGCGCCCGGCAGCGGGGCCCAUCCACGAACCUCGGGGGGGCUCCCCGGGACCUCGGCCCGGCUACCUCUCCCCAACACUUCCCCAUCCACAGCAGCCCCGGAGCUCUCUCGGGGCCAUCUGGUCGACCCGAGCAGCGGGGGCGGCAGAGUGGAGCGGGGCGGGGCGGGAAAACGUGGCAGAGGCAGCGAGCGGGCCGGGGUCACCCUCCCCGGAUCGCCCGCGCGAGCAGUACGACUCGGGCCGGUCCCCACCGCCACCCCCACCCCGGCCGGGACUCGCGGUGGAGGAGGGGGCGGGGGAGGGUGAGAAAAAGUCGCGUCCGCCGACCGGGACCCACGUGGGCCCGCUAAAGGGCCGGGCCUGCACGCCCAAUCUCAAGCGACAGCAGGAGGCGCCCACGCCUGGGCGCCACCGGGACAGUCACCGCCAGCGUCGCCCGGCUCCCGGAACUCUGCCUCGGGCCCGGCGGCCGAGUCACAGCCCUCACGAAGGUCGCCGAAGCUCCAGAGACAAGGGACAAUAUAAAAGCGGCCGCCAGGUGGCUCCCGACAACGGCUCCAACGUCCCCGGGCCGGGUUCCCUGUCGCCGGCCGGCCACCGAGGAUGCAGCAGCGCCGGGCCGCCCAAACGCCCGAGCUCAGCCCGCCGGGGCGAGCCGGCGGGCGUCUGGCGCGGCCCCGAGGCGUCCGUCUCGGAGCUAGCUCCCGGGACGGCACGACACGGCGCGACCCCGGCAGCAGACGGGGGGGGGGGGGGGGGGGCCGGGGAAGCUGGGAAGACGUCGCCGGGAGGCCGCCUCGAAGGAAACGCGCUCCCCACGCGACUCCUCGGCGGGGGCAAAUCCCACGGAGACGCCGGCGGGGCCCGGGGCGGCCGGCACGGG